AUGUUCAACAGCAGUCAAUUCACCCCAAAAUAUUUUCUGCUGACUGGUCUCCCUGGUCUGGAGGCCCUGUACCCUUGGCUUAUUUUCCCAUUCUGCUCCAUCUAUCUUGUGGCCCUUGUGGGGAAUACCUUGAUACUAGCAGUGAUCAAGAAAAACAGCUCUCUGCACCAGCCGAUGCACCUAUUCCUAGCUAUGCUGGCCUGUGCAGAGCUUGGUGUGUCUGCUUCUACACUGCCCACAGUGCUGGGCAUCUUCCUUUUUGGUACCAAUGAAAUAUGCUUUGAAGCCUGUCUUUUGCAGAUGUUCUCCAUACAUUCAUUUUCUAUCAUGGAAUCAGGAGUUCUGUUGGCCAUGUCUGUGGACCGCUUUGUGGCCAUCUACAACCCAUUGCGGUACACUGCCAUCUUGACCCCGCCCCGUAUUGCCGGUACUGGUGCUGCACUUGGACUAAAGAGUGUGAUGCUCAUGCUCCCACUGCCAUUUCUUCUAAAGCGUCUGCCCUUCUGUGGCCACAACAUCCUCUCCCACUCCUAUUGUCUCCACUCUGAUCUAAUCCAACUGCCCUGUGCGGACACUCGUCUCAACAGCAUUCUGGGGCUCUGCAUCGUUACUUCCACUUUCGGUCUGGAUUCGCUGCUCAUCAUCAUCUCUUAUGUGCUGAUUCUCUACACAGUGCUGGGCAUUACGUCUGGGGAGGAGCAGCGGAAGGCCCUCAACACAUGCGUUUCACACAUCUGUGCAGUCCUUGUGUACUAUGUGCCCAUGAUCAGCGUGGCUCUGGUACAUCGCUUCAUGAAGCACACUGGGCCUGCUGUCCGUCUGCUCCUGGCCAACGUCUAUCUUCUGGUGCCUCCUGUGCUCAAUCCCAUCAUCUACAGUGUUAGGGCCAAGCAGAUUCGCCAGGGACUAAUUCGACUCUUUCUUCAAAGAAAAUAA